AUGGUUCACCAGCUGAUCCAUUGGACUUUGAAGAGUGAAAGCGAUUGGCAAUCAAUGGUCACAUCAAUUGAUACGAUAAGUGAUGAAUUGGUGGCAAGUGUUGGUGACCGGGAUGUGUUGGCAAUGAUGGCUGCGAAAGAGGAGUUGUGGACCAAUUUGUUGCGAAAGACUUUGAAGACAGCACUGAGUGAAGAGUUGGUGGACACGAUUGGUCACAAACUGUUGGCUAUAAUCCAUGAAUUGAUUGUCACAUUGGCUGCUAAUACGAAGAUAUCGCUGGAGACAACUGUGGACAUGAUAUGCGGGCACUCGCUGUUCAAAGACAUACUCAUUGACCACAAAUGGAUGGAUUCUCACAUCAAAUAUCAAUUGAUUUGCAUCUUAAGUGUUGUCUACGAAAAGGACUCAAAACUAAUCAACGAUUUGAAUGGCAAUAAGGAUAUGAUUUCUCUAAUAUUAAGCGCUUAUAACUUAUCGCUCAAUACAUGCGAUCAAAAACUUCUGAAACUAUUGUCUUAUAUGGAGACGAGUGGACACAAUCUGCACAGAUAUGUGCCAUUCCUGUGGGGAAUGAAUGGUGCGAUUCACUACUCCAUCAAAAACAAGCAAAAAGAGACACUUCUUAAAGAGCCAAAGAUGGAGCAAAUAUUGUCAUCGAUUAAUGAAAAUCAAUUGAAGUAUACAUUAAAUAACUUUCCCAUCGAUUUGCCACUGAAUCCCAUUCAAGUGGUUGAUGUGACCGAUGGGUACCUGUUAACUGAUCCCAGGUUUUUAUUACCGCUAUUGUAUAAUAUGCUAUCAAAUCAAUCGGUGGUGAAGUGCCAUAAGUUUGUGUCGUACGGGUGUCUGUCGUACGCCAUCGCGAGUCUGUCGAGUCGUGACGCAGACAUGCGAUGUCUGGCCUAUUGUGUGUUGAGUCGGUUCCACUCGCACCUGGAGGUCGCCUCCUUUCCCAACGACCGAUUCCUAUGGCUAGCGAUCAUUGAUUGCGUGAGAAGUGCUAUCACUUCAGACAAUAUGAGAAUCCAGAGUUUGAUCUCCGUUUUUAUGGUCAGAAUAAUAGACAUAUUAUUGCAUCCAAACGACAAACUAUACGAUAGUGUCCGACAUUUUCUGGUCAAUCGGCCGACAAUUGAUUUGAAUGUUUUGCCCGAAUUCUACCAAAAUCUCUAUUCCCCUGACAUUGAGACCCAGAGGCGUUUGCAACGGUUUGUUAUUUCUUGGAUUUGCGACGGACUGCGCACUGAAGACGACAUCAAACUGUGUUUAAAGCGCAAUGUCUUCAGAGAACUCAUGGUUUUGUAUGACUCGCGUCUGACUGAAGACGAGAAUCAGAUCUUGAUAUUGGAGUCAUUGCGACGAACGUGUAGUCACUUGAAGGGCGCAAAAGUCUUGUGCUCUGAGAAUGCCUUCAUUUGUUGGUUAAGACAAACCAUUUAUAAUAUUAAGGAUCAGUCGAACACUUCUCUUAUUAUGGAUGAAAUGUUGGCAAUUAUUGAGACAAUUUGGCUCACAAUUAGUGCUGAGAGUUCACCAACAAACACUUAUUGGAUGACAAACAUAAAGUCAAGACUUGAGGUCACCAGUGGUGUGACGGAUGACAUACUGGCCCCACAAAAACAUCAGGAUAUCCAUAAACUGGAGUCGACGGCAAACAACACGAGUCCUGAAUACCCGGAUUACAACAACUCUAAUAUCGAGAAAAUCGAUUUAAGCGAACCAACGCCACAAGAAUUUGAUGGCCCGAUAGAAGAUAUUGACUAUGAAUUCCAAGAACCGAAAACAGUGUACAGAGAGUCCUAUCCAUACACGUAUAGUGAGCCGUCGACACAAAUGAGAGCUUAUAUGAAGAGAUAUCCACAGCCAUACUAUCUGCCAUCGGAUCAAAUUGAAUCUUAUUCACCAAAACCAAUGGCCAGUUCUAUAAUGGAAAACCAAAUCAAACAACAUCCUGUCUAUGCAAACUUGUAUUGGCGUAAAAUUAUUUAUCCCUAUCCCUCGUACUCGACUCAACCCUCAAAUCAGAAUUUCAUUAUUUCUGACAAUUUCGGCAACAAUUUGGAAGGACUUCAGAGCGACGAGAGUAUUGUUAACCGAAGAUUUGUUCCCCAAAACCCGUACCGAAGGAACCAACUAAUAAAUAUGACUAGAUUGAGGGCUGAGUGGUGUUUAGGGCAAAGGUUGUCAACCGUCACUUCUUGGCACAACCACUUCAUGACAGAUAUGUCCCAAACCACUGAUGGCACACAUUCACCGUCAAACGAUACACAAAAAUCGACUAUUCAGUAUAUACCGUACUCUGUAACAUAUAAGGACUGGUCUUCAAGAUUAGAUGUAAUUAAUGAUACGUCUCCACAGUCUUCGGCUUUAAGUCCAGUCUUCAGGGAUCCAAAAGACACAAUCUUCACGAGUCCUAAACCCGUUGAUUAUGGCUUCAAUCAAAAGAAACCUUUAAUUACAACUCAGUCCACAACUGAUUAUAUGAGACAAUCAAUGGUCAAAGAGUUUCAGAAGCAGAACAUAACGGAUGCCAACGAUAUGAAUGCCCACACCAUCGCAGCUGAAGUGCUCUCCAGAUAUCUCAAAAUCAAUCCACUGUUGAGUUCGCCAUCGAUUGCUAUUCCGACUCAUCGCUCAGAUUAUAACACAACCGCUGUUUACGAGAACUUAAACCAAAUCAAUAAAAUGUCACAAAAUUCGCCAUCAAUUGAGUCGUUGAACGAAAUCGACACCCAAUCCGAUGACCCGAUCUUCAAAAUUCAACGCAAGAGUGCGUCCGGUAUUUCAUUUCCCACCACUACUGACAUGAGUUUAAAUCUCUUUGAGACGACAACUCCAGUUCCGCCUCAAGACAGUCAGGAAUAUCCGCAUUCAGACGAGGAUGAAGAGCACCACCACGAGGGCGAUGGACACGACGACGACGAGCCGACCCCUCCAGACGAUCCCGACGACUACGAAGAUGAUGAAGAGAUCGAGUCGUUUAGAUAUCCGGUUCGAGUGACACCUUUUGACACCGAUGAAGACCACAGUCCAGAGCGGGAGCCGUCGCCGCCAUUUGUGAUCCCGAAUAUAGACUUAAAUCCGGAAUCAUUGAAACAAAAGGGCUGUCGAACGAUUGUCAAAGAAGUUCAGGCAAUACCUGUUGAGAAUGGCGUCAAACCAACUAACAGUCCGCCAACCGAUGACCCGAAGACAGGAAACGUGAGAACUAAACGGAAUUCUGACCCGAAUUCUCGCAAAUUCACGAGUAUUGUGAUGACCAAAGAAUGCCAUUUCCCCGACGAUGAGAGCGCCGGUAGUGAACAGACUCCUCAAGCCCUUCCAACAACUAUAAUGAGUGGUUCAAAGCAGCAGAACAUAUACCAAACUCCUAGUCCUCUCAUAUUUGAUGAAUACGACGAAGACUUUGAUUCAUUUAAACCCUCGUAUCCGACGAGUGAUCUGAUCGACAGAUUAGAGACCAAGUCUUCGAUGAAUCGCAAGAGUUAUGCCGACAAUCCUCUCUUCAGAAGAGAUAACAACGAAUACGUUCCGCCAAAAGAGGUUGACUUGGAUGACACGGACUUCUAUGACUUCGAGGAGGGAGACAUUCAACGACGACCCCCAACACCUAAGAGACCCCCGCCUCCCCAAAAACCACCCAAGAGAAGCAGACAUUCCAUGAGUUCUUCGGAUGAAUAUGACUUCGAAGACGACAACUUUGGUCCAACACCUCCUCCUAAGCGGAGACAUAACCCGAGAGAAAAGUCGUCAAACAAAAGGCCGCCUCUUUAUAGAAAUGAUAGACAGGGGAAAGGAGGUCAUAGGCAAAGGAAUGGUAGGAAAAAGCCAAAGACAAUAAACAAGAGCUUUGCCUUUUUCAGAAAGGCUGAGCCCAAAGAAAAGGAUCCAAAUGAAAACGACUAUUCUGUGAGUUAUGGCAGAGGAAACUUCCAGUCCUUCUCCGACUCGUACGACUCCGAUCGCGACGGACCCAGAAAUAAGGGGAAAAAUAGACGGCAGUCCCGGGGCUAUAGUGACGACUAA